UACCAGUGAGAAGAUUUUAUUUCCCUUAUCGGGUACAAGAAAAGAUAAACUUGUGUUUUUAAUCAAGGCAUAUAGUUUAAGUUUGAAUUUUGAAGAGUCAAGAUUCAUUUAAUUGCACUAAGGAAAUAAAGAUCUGUUUGAUAUUAAGGAUUUUGAUACUUUAUCAUUCUGUUGAUUUUAAUAAAUGAUAUAGGAAGAUUUUUUAUUCAAGAUGGAAGUUUAACUUUCUGAACUUUUAAAAUUAACAGCUGACAUAUGAUGUAUUUCAUUUAAAAAAAACCUACAAUUUAUUAAUUUAAGUUUUCAUAUAGACAAUUUAUUUAAAAAGAAACAACAACAACAAAAGUUUUAAAUGAAAAUAAGUUUCGAGUAUGGUUGAAAAAUUGUUAAAAAUUCAUCAGGAUAAAGUUUGUCAACAUUUCAGUUAUUAUUUAAAAAUGAAUGAAUUUUAAAAAUCUGAGUGAAAUUUGAGGUUAAAAUCCAAGGAUCAUGAAAACAGCAAAACCGAAAGUGCCGAAUGUGAAAGUGCCGAAUGCCAAGGAUGAGGAGAAUUUGCCAUAUGAGCCCUCCGAGGUGAUGAAAUUUGUUAAACAAAGGAGGUGGUUCCAUCCCAACAUAUCAGGUCAAGAUGCAGAAAGGCUGCUGCAGACCCGAGGGGUGGAUGGAAGUUUUCUAGCCAGGCCCAGUACAAGCAAUAAAGGUGACUUCACACUGUCUGUCAGACGUAAUGGACAAGUUACUCACAUCAAGAUACAGAAUACAGGGGACUUCUAUGACCUGUAUGGAGGAGAGAAGUUUGCAACACUGGCUGAACUGGUGCAAUUUUACAUGGAGAACAUGGGUCAACUAAAAGAGAGAAAUGGCGACAUAAUCGAGUUAAAAUAUCCAGUGAAUUCAGAAGAUCCUACAACAGAAAGAUGGUUUCAUGGUCAUAUAUCUGGGAAAGAAGCAGAAAAACAGUUGAUGGAACGAGGAAAGUAUGGGAGCUAUCUGGUCAGAGAGUCACAGAGUAAACCUGGCGAUUUUGUCCUCUCCGUAAAAUGCGAAGAUAGAGUAACACAUGUAAAAAUUAGGAGAAAUAAUGGCAAGUUUGAUGUAGGUGGCGGGGAACAGUUGGAAACUCUCGCAGACCUUGUUGAACAUUACAAGAAAAAUCCAAUGGUGGAGACAUCUGGAACUGUGGUGCAUUUACGACAUCCAUUUAAUGCUACUCGUAUAGCUGCAUCGGGCAUUGAUAGUAGAGUGAAACAAUUACAAAGGGACACAACAAAUAAACAAGACGAUAAUAAAGCACAAGCCAGAGGUGGAUUCUGGGAUGAAUUUGAGGUUUUACAACAACAAGAAGUAAGGCAUUUAUACAGCAGGAAAGAGGGAAUGAGGCCGGAAAAUAAAGCUAAAAAUAGAUACAAAAACAUCUUGCCAUUUGACCACACACGUGUGACAUUAACAGAUGGGGACAAAAAUGUUGUAGGAUCUGACUACAUCAAUGCUAAUUGUAUCACAGCUGAAGAUGAUAAUAUAGAGCCAAAGAAAAGUUAUAUAGCUACACAGGGAUGUUUACAAAGUACUGUGGUAGAUAUGUGGAGAAUGAUCUGGCAAGAAAAAUGCAGGGUGAUUGUCAUGACAACAAAAGAAGUGGAACGUGGCAAGAUAAAAGCUGUACGAUACUGGCCAGAUCCAGCUGACGGAGGGGAAAAGUCUUAUGAAGUAUAUAAAGGAAAAAUUACAGUAAAGUAUAUUAAAGAAUCCAAAGAUAAAGAUUAUACUACAAGAGAACUUGAAGUUUUCAAGGAAAAUGAUGAUGGAACUGUGGAACCCACACGUAAAGUUUAUCAGUAUCAUUUUAUGACGUGGCCAGAUUAUGGUGUACCCAGUGAAGCUGGAAGUGUGUUAGAUUUUCUGAAUGUUGUCAAUAGCAAGCAGGAGAGCAUCUCAGGGGCGGGUCCCGUGGUUGUUCACUGCAGUGCUGGUAUAGGAAGAACAGGGACAUUUAUUGUGAUAGAUAUGAUUCUAAAUCAGGUCAAGACUUAUGGUAUGGACUGCGAGAUAGAUAUACAGAAGACCAUACAGAUGGUGAGGUCACAAAGGUCAGGUUUAGUUCAGACCGAGGCACAGUACAAGUUUGUCUACUUCGCUGUACAACAGUAUAUAGAAACAGAGAAAAGAAGGAUAGAAGCUGAACAGCAAAGUCAAGUAGCAGGUAGGGAGUAUACAAAUAUACGAUACGCACACAGUAUAGACAAUAGAAACUCCCUAACACGUGGCUUUCCACCUCCAGUUCAUCAACCCCAGAUUGCAGAACCACCACACACAACAAAAAGAGCUGCUAAAGAUCUGCCGAAGCUUCCACAAGAUGCAGGACAAAUAUAUCAAAAUAUUGGGACAGUAAAAGAGACACCAGGUCAAAGUGGUCACAAUAACCAUGCCAGCCAUGGUGGACACCAUUCAAGUAAACACAAGAAAUGAUCAACAGAACCAAACAAAACAGAACAGAAAAUUUUGUUCAAAUGUACCCACCCAGUAAAUCUCUGAUUUUUAGGUGGCCAUAUAAUAUUGAUGUGACUCGAGUCAAUCUUUUUCUUGUACGUUGCUAGCAGUGUUCAUUUUUAUUUAGUGCUGAUAUCAUUGGCUUGAACUGUGCUGGACUUCUCGUAUACAUGGUGCAAUGAUGAAUACAAACAAUUAAUACAUGCUUGCCAUGGCUGCAUAGAAUACUUUUACUUACAUUAUUUUUGUCAUCCUCUCUUCAAGGUAAAGAAGUAGUUUUCAUCAGUUUUCUAGCUAAUUGUCAUCUUAUUUUAGAAAUAAUUGUAUGAUAAUUAUGUCCAAUUUUAUGUUCUGAAUUUUUUUCCUAAAAAACUGUAUUAGGAUACCAACAAAUGAUCUUGAUAAAUGGAAAUUAUUUUGUUUAUUUUUAAAAUUUAAACUAAAGAAUAAUUUGGGGUGUAUAUAUGUUUUGUUAGCAGAUAAGGUAUAUCUUGUGUGCAGUUGUUAAUAAUUUCUAUUAAAAAUAUUUAUAGGAGUAAAAAUUAUGGGGAAAAAAUUGUUCUGUUAUAAUUUUAAUGGACUACAUUUUUGUUUGUUUUGUUUUGUUGGAUUUUAAUUUGAUACUGAUACUGUUUAGGGUCAUGUAGGAACUUUUUGGGUUUAACCCUUACUCUGCUGUAUUUCUAAAAUGGACUUGUCCAGCUUCCAUUUUUGGAACUGUCCAUUAUCAGUUUUAGGAAUAUUAAAAAUUCUAAUGAAAGAUAAAAGUUAUUCAGCCAACAGAGUAGAGCCUGGUCAGACUGUAUAGAUGUGCAAACUUGUCUUGCUUUAAACUGGGUGGCAAAGACUAAUCAGUUACCAUUCCAUCAGGUUAAGGGAAGGCUCCAUGUAGUGCCCCUAGUAUUAUAUAGUUUUGUUGAUAGCAGCUAUAUGGAGAGCAAGGUAUACGUGUCUCAUUAUGUUAAUGUGACUGGUAUGAUGUCAAUGUUUCUCUUCUUAAUAUGGGUAUGAAUCUUCCUAGCUUUGUUAAAGGCCCAUUAAGCCUAAAAAUGUUAGUAUUUUUUAUAUAUUUUAAAAAGUUAUUAUUUUUAUGUACUGUUAUGGUUUCCGAAAUUUUACUCAUUGUUCAUAUUACUGAGCCAUUUCUUUUGCCUCUUUUUUGUAUUGGUAAUAAGUUCAGUGAUGAUGUAUUUUGUAUAGAAGUCAAUAUACCUUUUUCUUUACAUUUUGCUAUCUUUAUCACAUAAUAAUUAUUAUUUUACAUUCAGUGCUAAUUUCUUCAGGCAACAAGCAUCUGACAGUCACAUGUUCUUAAUCCAUUAUUACAACAUUAUAACUCAUGUGUUAGCAGCUUCUGUAGAAAGAAUCAUCAUUUUUAGGCUGAAUGUGCCUUUAAAGGAAGCUAAGUUACUGUUAUAAAACAUUUAUUUUGAUUAAAGUGACAUUAUGCCCAUCCAAAAGUACAUAGUGAGUGUUCAGGUAAAAUUAAAUUGACACUUAAGCAUAGAAAUUUUGUACAGAUAUAGCUGGUCUUGUUACAUCUUGUUGUAGUGAGCUAGUGCUACUUAUAACUGUCACUUAUAAACUUGUAAUUUUAUUGUAAGAUACAGAUAUAUCUCACAUAGUGAACACCAGAUGUAAUACUGUAUUAUAAAUGGUGUAACCACUUGUGAAGUUGUUAUAAUUGGUGUUCACAUUUAAGGUAUAAUUUGAACCAAUAAGUAAAACAAACUCUGUAUUUGUAUCAUGCUGGUUUUUUUGUUGAUUUUUGUUUGUUCUUUUUUAAUUGAUGUAAUAUAAUUUUACUGUUAUUUAUGACAUUACAUGAAGGCAUGGUCGAAGCAGGACAUUUGUUUAUGUUGAGGCAUAAUUUGUUUACAAGUUAUUUUUUCACCCUCAAUAUCAUGAAAUAAUGCACUUUUAAGAUCAUUUUCACAAAAGAUGGAACAUAUUUUUUUUUGUAAUUUCCAUAUAGUUAUAUACUAAACCCUGUAUCAAAAUAUAAUUGUAGUAGGAUGAAAUUACAUUACAUCAUUCCACUGUGAAAGAAGUAAAAAUAUCAAGAAUAAUUUACUGUAAUAUUUCAGAAAUCUAUUAUUAAACUUGUCAAGUUAUUUGAGCUGCGUCACGACAAAACCAACAUAGUGCGUUUGCGACUAGCAUAGAUCCAGACCAGCCUGCCCAUCUGCGCAGUCUGAUCAGGAUCCAUGCUGUUCGCUAUCAGUUUCUCAAUUUGUAAUAGAGUUGGUAAGUGAACAGCAUGGAUCCUGAUCAGACUGCGCGGAUGCACAGGCUGGUUUGGAUCCAUUACUGGUCGCAAACGCACUAUGUAGGUUUUGUCAUGACGCGGCUCAAUUUUCAUAAUUCAAUGAUAUUUAUCAAAUUGAAGUAUAUUUUAUAUAUUUUGACAAUCUUGUAUAAGAAGUGUUAUCUGUCAAUUUGUAGGUCCAAAAAUCUGAUCCUGAUCUCUGAAGUAUUGUGGAACUGUGCCAGUUUUCAACUUUCUAAUAAUUUCAAGAUGAUUAUUAAAACACUUAACUUGUCUAAUUAUUUGUGUAAUGGAAUUGCCUGGCUUUGAAUUUAGAUCAGUCUAUUUUAAGUUUAUGUGAUUUCAUAAAGCAAUAUAGUUACAAAAGCCUACAAUAGUACAUGUAUUGAGUCUGGUCACACACACUAGCAGAUAAACAUUUAUUACAUAAUCACCUCACUGUGUUUGUUUCUACUUUAUAAACUGCUGAAAAAUUUAAGAUUAUAAUCAGCUGAACUUUAUCUUGAAUUAACUUUAUCUAGAUUACAUUCAAAUUAACUACUGGACAAGCUAGUUUUUUAUAGUUAUUGUCUGUUUCUUUGAUGUUGUGCACUUGUUAGUGUAUUUUCUUAAAGAUAGAAAAUUUGUACAGGAAAGUGAACAAGAUUAUAAACUUUUGAAGGAUUUUUCUUAAAUGGUUAUAUAGUAAAUUUCACUUGUAUUGAUGAUAAAGUUAUUUUGAUGUGUCUGCAAUGAUCGUUGCUAGCUUCUGUUGUGAAGCUCCAUCUAUGUCAAUAUUGCAUUGAUAUGUCAAGAUUAUCAAUUCCUACACAUAUAUUAAAGAGAUACUCUUGCUGAGAUUAACAGUUUUUGUAAUGUGUUGUAGCCAAUACUGAUAAAUAAGAC